AUGUCAUCAUCUAAUGACGCAAGGAAGGGGCCUCAGGCCGAGGCCAUAGACGGCUAUCAAAUAGGAACUGAAAUAGGUAAAGGCUCAUUUGCUAAUGUUUAUAAAGGUGUAGUAUUGAAAACUCACACGCCAGUUGCUGUCAAAUCAGUAUUGCGUACCAAACUCAAAAAUAAGAAACUCCUUGAAAAUUUAGAAAUCGAAAUUCAAAUCCUCAAGACAAUGGCUCACCCUCAUAUUGUGGCGCUCAUUGAUUGUGUUCAAUCUGCAAAUUAUUUCCACAUCAUCAUGGAGUAUUGCUCGCUUGGUGAUUUGUCAUAUUUUAUAAGAAAAAGAAAUCAAUUGGUAAAAUCACAUCCCCUAAUAUCCCAACUAUUGAUUAAAUAUCCAUCCCCAGAAAAUUCCAAUGGCCUUCAUCGUAUAAUGGUUAUUCAUUUUCUCAAGCAACUAGCGUCUGCCCUCGAAUUCCUUAGGCAACGUAACCUUGUCCAUAGAGACAUCAAACCCCAAAAUCUUUUACUUUGCUAUCCAGCCCAUUCAAAAGAAGAAUUCACCCAGAAUCACUACGUUGGGUUCUAUGACUUACCAAUCCUUAAAGUGGCGGACUUUGGGUUUGCCCGGUUUUUACCAAAUCAAACUCUUGCGGAAACCUUGUGCGGCUCUCCUCUUUACAUGGCUCCAGAGAUUUUGGGUUAUCAUAAGUAUAAUGCCAAAGCUGAUUUAUGGUCUGUGGGAGCGGUGCUUUAUGAAAUGAGUAUCGGGAAACCGCCAUUUAGAGCCAAUAACCACGUUGAAUUACUUAAAAAAAUUGAGAACGCCCAUGAUAAUAUUUCAUUUCCAGAGACUAUCGAAUUAGACCAAGAUAUCAAGAGAGUCAUUUGUGGAUUAUUGAAGUUGAAACCAAUUGAACGAAUGAGUUUUAAUGAGUUUUUCAAUGAUCGUUUGAUUUUAGAUGAUUUUAGCGAAGAAGUAAAUGAUAGCCAGUUGUUGGACCAUUCCUCAAUCGAUGAGAACUUAUUCAUUAGUGAAUACUUGCCCCAGAAUGACAAAAUUAAACAUAGCCUACCAAUACAGCAGCAGUCCCCUCGCUCACCAAAAAUCGUUAAAGCUCCUGAUCCAGUCGUGGAAUUACCAAAGCAAGAAAAUCAAUCGCAGCCCGAACAACAAAUUAAACCACCAUCAGAAACUCCAACGAAAAACUCACUACUUAAACAACAAUUGGAGAACCAUGGCUCAGUUGUCGAGAAAAUCGAAACCUCUAAACCUCCUGGGAUCAUUGAUUCACCCCGUGCUAGUAAUUAUCUGUCAGGAAGCAGUACGAAAAUGAAAGGCUCGUCGAAUUCGCUCAAGGCAAAAAGUAAUGCCACCGAGCUUCUCAAUGAGAGGGAUUACGUCGUGGUUGAGAAAAAGUCGGUUGAAGUCAAUGCGUUAGCUGAUGAACUUGCAAAUUUGGGGACAAAUAAUUCUAAUAAUAAGGUGGUUACUACCACUAAAUCUAAUGAUAGACGGCGCAGAAGCUCCAGUUCGAGUCAAAAAAGACCGAGUUUUGGAGAUCGAAGAUUCUCAAUCUCAUUAUCACCCUCUAAUGCGUUGUCCAAAGCGAUUGUUCUUGCAUCAACAAAGCUUUGGGGUGCAAAUACUUAUCUGAGUAAAGAAAUACCUAAUUAUGUCGUUAACGACUCACCAUCCAAUAUCCCACAAGGAUUCUCCCCAUCCAAUAAUAUAUUCAUAUCCGAAACUGUCAACAAUUCUCCAGCAAUUGUUGGGACUCCAAAUAAUGCGCUUAUCACUAGCCCCACUGCAACCAACAACAAUGUAAAUCCUGAUUCUGAAGACUUUUUAACUAAUCUCAUUGUUCAAUUAGAAUCACUUGCUGCAAAGGCCCAUGCCGUCAAUCUGUUUGCCCACGUAAAGUACUCUCAAUUGAUUCCGUUCACUCCUUCUUCGUUAUCCUCUGCCAUUGCUGAUGAUAGUGAUGAUGAGGACCCAGAAUUCUUAUCCGAGAAGACCUCUCAUUUACCUCCAGUGGCGGUGAAAAGUAUUUCAGAAGAAGGUCUCGCUUUAUAUAUCAAAACUUUGUCGUUGUUGGCCAAAGCAAUGAAUUUGACUAGUGAUUGGUGGUACCUGAGUGAAAAUGGGGCAGUAUUGAAAUCGCAUUACAACGAAGGCUUUCAAGGUAAUAAUAACUUUGACAGUUCUUUGACUACCAGAUUGAAUUCGUUGGUGCAAUGGAUUAGAAAUAUAUUCAAUGAUUGUUUGGAUAAGGCUGAUUUCAUCAGGUUGAAGUUAAACGAAGCCAACCAAAAAUUGGGUCUUGGAGGGCUCGAUCCAGAGAGUAAUUUGAACUCUGAUGUGAUUGCAGAAAAGUUGAUUUUUGACCGAGCUUUGGAAAUAUCGCGAAAUGCAGCAGUUAAUGAACUUGUUGGUGAAGAUUUGUUGGGUUGUGAAUUGGCAUAUAGCACCUCGAUCUGGAUGUUGGAAGCUAUUCUUGACAGCAACAAUGAUGGUCAGGCUGGUAAGAGUAGCGAAAUCGAAGACGUGAGAUUAGAUCAGGAAGAUAAAGCCAUGGUCCAGAAAUUCAUUGUCAGUAUUGGAAACCGGUUGAAUGUACUUCGAAAGAAGAUUGAGCUUAUGAGCAAUGAGGGUUCUACUAAUUUGAAUAAGUGA